AUGAAAGCAGAGCCGGUGUGUUUCACGAGUGAAUGUGGAAUUGGCGGAUACGGAGCUCCAGUAUUUCAAUACAAUUACACAGAGACACCCGUCGGAACUUGCACAGACAAACUGAUACCGAAACAUGUCACGCUAUCUUGCAUUCAGACAACUGACGUACGUGCUAAAACCGACGUAAUUGACAGCUAUAAGGAGUUGUACGAAAGCGGUGUUGCACAACAACUGACAACCACUGAAAGAGCUCAGAACAUCAGCAUUCGAAAGGACAAUGAAGAAAAGAGUAAACAAGCUGGCUUUUCAUUUAUCAUUUCAUUUGGGAUGUCACAAUCAUCGGAAUACAAGAAGGAAACUCACGCUGAAUAUAUGAAGUAUGUGAAAAAUGAAUAUGCCAGUACAAUGGGUGGUCAGCCCUAUGAUGUUCGUACGAAACAGACGUGGACUGAUUGGCUACAGACUGUACCAGACAAUCCCGUUGCUCUAAAGUUCAGUGCUAAACCGAUUACCAAUCUUAUUAGUGUCAAACGAUUUCCACUCGAUCGUUCACAAAUAGCGAAUAAACAACAAUUGAUUCAGCGAGCGUUAGAUCGAUAUACAGAUAGUCCAGUCAAAUGUAUCAAUGACUGUACAGGAAGUGGUGAAUGCAGAUCAACAGGAAAGUUGCAGUUUGGUUUAUGUGAAUGUAAACCCGGUUUUUCAGGACCUGAUUGUAGUAUUCAUAGUUUAACACCACCACCUCAAGGAGGAGGAGUGACGACAACUCCGAGUCAACUUCUCAUUUAA